AUGUUGCAACACCUGCCGAAUACCGAGGUGGAGCUGUUAUGGGGCACUUGGUUCCAAUCCAAAGGAACAUCAGAGGCAUAUGAGUGGUUCAGGCCGAAAGGUGAACAAAGAUACUGGCCAAAGUUUGUGUGGAAGGGGUACAUUCCACCAAAAUAUUCCUUCACCACAUGGCAGGCAAUACUCGGGAGAUUGCCUACACGUGAUCGGCUCAAAUUCCUCGACAUCAACCGUGUUUGCCCUCUUUGCAACAUGGAACCCGAAUCAACAAGCCACAUCUUCUUCAAGUGCAGAAAGAGUAGAGUAACAUGGGGGAAGAUCAAGGCUUGGCUGGGAGUUUCAAGACCCCUCACAACAAUCCAGAGCGCAAUCAAGUGGAUGGCUCGAGAAAACUUUGGGUCUGCCAUCACCAAACGGGCCAAAUGGGUAGCACUUGCGGCUACGGUUAGUCUCAUCUGGAAGGCCAGAAAUUUAUUAGUUUUCCAUAGUAUUGUCUUUGAUCCGAACCAUCUUGUGUUCGAGAUUAAAAGAGUCACAUGUACUGUCCUCUAUUCCUUGUACCCGGAGGACUCCGUUGUAAUGGCUCUUGGUUGCUAA